GGAGCCGCCCGGGCCCCGCUGGCGCGGCAGCGCUGCGCUCCCGGCCGCAGGGGCAUUUCUGCCCUGGGCCGGCUGUCGCGGUGUGGCAGAGCAUGUCCCUGAGGCACAGAACACCCAGCCCCAGCAGAGGACACGGGGGACGAGGCCAGGACGUGCGGAGCUGCCGGGCUGCUCAGAGGGCGCGCCGUGAGAGGUAAAUGGGAGAUUUGGAGACUAGCUUAAUCCAUGCACGAAAAGCAUGUAGAAUAGAGCAAAUGGUAGCAAAGUGGCUCCACCGCUCCCGGGACAGCACGCCCAGGAGCAGCGUGGCAGCGAUGGACAGUGCGGGGGACGGCGCGGCCCAGCCGCCCAGCCGGGCCAAGGUGACAGUCACGGUGUACAAGGACCUGGUGCUGCAGCACUACGGCUUUGAGAUCUGCCCCAGCCUGCCCCUGACCAUCGCCUCCGUCACGGCAGGGAGCACGGCUGACGGCAAGCUGCAGCCGGGGGACCAGCUGCUCGCCAUCAACUCCAGCGCGGUGGACAGCCUGUCGGUGGAGCGGGCAGCCAGCCUCAUCAGGGACGCCGGCGACGAGCUGCUGCUGACCGUCCUGCGCUGCGCGGCCGGCGGCCCCAAGUCCUCGUUCCUCACCGAGGAGAAGAGGGCCAGGCUGAAAAGCAACCCCGUCAAGGUGCGGUUUGCCGAGGAGGUGCUGCUGAAUGGCCACUCGCAGGGCAGCUCCCUCCUGUUCAUGCCCAACGUGCUCAAGGUGUACCUGGAGAACGGACAGACCAAGGCCUUCAGGUUUGAGAGGAGCACCACUGUGAAGGACAUCGUGCUGACGCUGCAGGAGAAGCUGUCCAUCCGCAGCAUCGCCCACUUCGCGCUGGCGCUGGAGGAGCAGUACAGCCUGGCCAAGAUUCACCUGCUGCACGAGGAGGAGCUCAUCGCACAGGUGGUCCAGAAAAGAGACUCUCAUGACUACCGCUGCCUCUUCAGGGUGUGCUUUGUCCCCAGGGACCCCCUGGAGCUCCUGCAGGAAGACCCGGUGGCCUUUGAGUAUCUGUACCUGCAGAGCUGCAGCGACGUGCUCCAGGAGAGGUUUGCCGUGGAGAUGAAGUGCAGCGUGGCCCUGCGCCUGGCGGCCCUGCACAUCCAGGAGAGGAUCUCUGCCUGUGCCCAGCCGCAGAAGGUGUCCCUCAAGUACAUCGAGAGGGACUGGGGAAUCGAGAACUUCAUCUCCCCCACCUUGCUGCGGAACAUGAGAGGCAAGGACAUCAAGAAAGCCAUCAGCUACCACCUGAAGCGGAACCAGGUGCUGCUGGACCCUCGGCAGAAGCACGCGCCGAGCGCAGCCCAGGUGCGCCUCAGCUACCUGCAGAUCCUGGGGGAGCUGAAGAUGUACAGCGGGAUGAUCUUCAACGCCACCAUGAUGCUGCAGGACAGGGAGUCGUACGUGGCGCUGCUGGUGGGAGCCAAGCACGGCGUCAGCCAGAUCGUCAACAGCAAGCUGAACAUCGUCAGCAGCCUGGCCGAGUUCCCCAGCAUCAGCAGGGUGGAGCUCAGCGAGGACUCCGAGCGGGUCAGCACCGUCAAGAUCUACCUGCAGGACCUGAAGGUGCUUACUCUGCUGCUGGAGUCCAACAGUGCCAAGGACCUCGUCUGCCUCAUCGCUGGCUACUACAGGCUCCUUGUGGACGCAAACGCCUCCGUCUUUAGCUGGGGAGAGAAGAAGCAGCAGCUGCACCGUGUCUCAGCCGAGGAAGGGUAUGAAUCCCGGGCGUGCAGCGACUCCGAGGAUUCCUGGGAGCUGGAUCCCCGCUCGGGCUGCGCCGGGGCCCGCGGCGGCGACCCCGCCACCGACAGCGCCUCCGAGGCGUCCGACUCGGCCACCAGCGAGAGCCGCGGCGUCAAGACCAGCGGCUCCAGCGACUCCGUGGACGCGCUGGAGGAAGAGGAGGGAUGCUCUUCCUCCCGGCCGGAGCUGCUGCCGCUGUGCGCGCCGACCGCGCGGGAGCUGAGCGGCUCCCCCGGCAGCUCCGUGCCGCUGCCUGCCGCGGGCACCGGGGACUGUUCCUGCCUCCGGCAGGUGUCCGGGGGCCGGGCGGCUCCGGGGCCGCGGCUGCCCGCGGCGGGGCUCGGCGGCGCAUCUCCGGGGCGCGGCUCCGGCCACGGCGACCUCGUCCUGCGGCCGCCGCCGGGCUUCGGCGACUCCAGCUCCGAGGAGGAGUUCUACGAUGCUGCGGACAGGCUGAGCCCGCCGGAGGCGCUGGCAGGCCAUGACACAGCAUCCCGGGAGGGCGCAGAGGACUCCUCCUGCAUCCCAAAGAGGCUGAGGUGCCACAGCUUGGGGGAGAACCCGUCGACGGGGGAGAAGCAGGGGCAGGAGAAGGGGCUGGCCUGCAGCAAGAGCCUGAGGAAGAGAAGGUCUUUCCUGAAAACGGAUUACACCUCCCAGGUCAGCUUCCCUGCAGCUGUCCCGGGCUCUCCACAGCGCUGCUGCUCCUGGCCACCCACCCAGCCCUCGGCAGAGGACCCGGGGAAGGACGAGGAGAGGGGGAUUCCUGCAGCCCCCCAGGCCCAGGGGGACCCUGCUGGCACAGAGCCCUGCUCUGCUGCGAUGGACGCGGAGCCUGACGCCGCGGGGACAAACUCGGUGAUGGAAUGGCUGGCUUCCCCCCCGCUGGACCUUCACCAUCCUGCUGGCCAGCGUGGGGAGGAGGCCAGCAGCCCCCAGCCACAGCACCCCGCUUUGCUGUCCCUGGAGCCCCUUCCCCGAGGGCAGGGUGGGGCUGCCCAGGAGGGCUGCCCAGGGCAGGCAGAUCCCGGCGGUCAGAGCGAGGACAGCCUUGUGCCCUCUGCUGUUGCGAGCCGCCCUGUUGAGCCCCUGCUGCCGCCGCCGGCUCCCGGCCCCAGCACGGCCUCUCCCCGGGAGCCGGCCCGGGGGCAGGGGCUGCCCCCGGCCAGGGUGGAGCCGUCCCUGGCUGCCUGUCCGGAGAGCAAAGGCGGUGGCCAGAGCUGCGGCACGGGCUGUGACAAUGGUCAGUGCCGUGCUGAUGGCCAGUGCCAUGCUGACAGUCAGGGCAGUGCCAGUGGUCAGUGCCAUGCCGAUGGCCAGUGCCACGAUGAUGGUCAGUGCCUCAAUGAUGGUCAGUUCCAUGCCGAUGCCCAGUGCCGUGCUGACAGCCAGGGCCCUGCCAGCAGCAGCUGCGAGGGGGCCGUGCCCCAGGCCAGGGUGGUGCCUGGGGAGGCCCAGUGCCGGCUGCCCGAGGGGCUCGGGGGGUUCCCGGGGGCAGCCCGGCUCCUGGCAGACCGCAGCAGCGCCUCGGGGGCUCUCAGCCGCCUCUCCUGGCUCUCACUCGGCGUGAGGACACAGCCCGUGUCCCCCAGCCCCAUGUCCCCCAGCCCGGUGUCCCCCAGCCCGGUGUCCCCCAGCCUGCAGGACACGGCGGAUGACCCCCCGGAGAUCUUUGCCGGUCUGGCGACCCGCGGGUGCAGCGGGGCCGGUGCUGGCGGCGGGAAGGUGCCACCGCGCCCUGCAGGAGCCGGCUCCGGCCAGGAGCGGGCGAGCAGCUCGGAGCCAGGGGCAGGGCAGCCCGGAGGCGCAGGAAGCGCGGCUCAGCCGCAGCCGCAGCCCGCACAGGCUUCUCCGCCCCGAGAGCAGCCGGCGGGGCUGGGGCCGCGCUCCUGCCCGCCUCCACCUGCCGGGCUUUGCAUCCCCUCGGUCCCAGCUCCCCCGGGGAAAGGAGCAGCGGGCCGCGGGGCUGCACGGCACCCGCUCCUCUGUUUUAACCCCGAGGAGGGUGAGCAGACCCCUCUGCCCCCCUCCGCAGCUCCGCCGGGGCUGGACAGCUGUGGCUGCCGCCUGCCCUACAUCAGCUGCUUCCCGCAGCCCCGCAGCCCGGGGGAGCGGGAAGCCAGCCCCCCGCAGCUGCCGGGGCCCCUCACCAGCCCGCCCUGCAGCAGCCUCAGCCUCGCCGGGAGCCCUGGGAGCGGCGUCCCGGCCCCCGUGGCUGGGGACGCGGCAGGGCAGGACCCCCACCUCCGAGUGCUGGGGCAGCUGAAGGACCAGGCGUGGACGAGCCCUGCGGAUUUCUCCCGCUUCCUGGCCCACACCGUGGAGCUGCAGGAGGUUGUGGGGAAGCUCUGUGGGAGCCAGGCCACCCACCUGCACCACCAGUGCGCCGAGCAGGGCGUGGAGAGCAAGGGUGCCCUGGGCUGGGCUUCCCGGGACCUGCUGUCCAGCUGCCAAGCGCUGCUGAGCGCGGAGCAGCCUCUCACAGAGGUGCAGCGUGCUCUGAGAGCCACCUUCGACCGCCUGGUGCAGCUGGCCGUGACCUGCUUCCAGGUGUCGCACUGCCGGCGCUGCAGGCAGCGGCAGCAGGAGCUGGGGGCUGCCCUGGGGGACGUGGUGGGCAGCUACCAGCAGCUGGUGCAGGCUGUGCACCAGCAGCUCCACGGGCAGGUGUGCCCUGAGCUGGGCAGCAAGCUCCUCGCCCGCCAGCACACGGCCCUAGCAGCUGCCAUCCUCUGCCUCCUGCAGCAGUUCAGGCCGUCCCCGUGGCUGUGACGGGCGGGGAGGGGGCACACCAGGGCCCGGGGGUGGGGGACCGAGCCCAGAUGUGUGCCCUCAGGCUGUCCCCCAGGCGAUGUGGCAGGACGUGCCCAGGAGCAGCCGUGCCCCAGGGGCUCCUGGAGCACUGUCACCUGUGUGUGUCCUGCCCAGGGCUCGUCCCCUGUGCGGGUGGCCGGUCCCACGGAGCUGUCUCAGCAGCCUUUGCCACGCGUGGGGAUGACUGUGAGCCCUUCAGCCCGCCCUUCGCUCACGCUGCUCUCGGGCAGGCUCUGGACUGAAGGGACAUCAACCCCGCCCUGGCCAGUGUGGGGCGGCUUCCUCCACCGCGGCGGCCGGGGGAACGCAGUGAUCCCGGGGCCGGCUGCCUGGGGAUAUUGGGGGGUGGCUGCCUCUCCCCGGGGAGCUGUGGGGGGCUGCAGCUGAGGGGCACGGCUGGGCGUGAGUGACGGCACCGUGGGGACAGGACUGUCCCCUGGCUCGGGGACGCUGACGGGGAUCAUCGCCACUCCCAGCCUGCCAAGAGCCCCCAGGGCACAGCAGCAGGCACCGGUGGUGGCUUGAGCUCAGGUUAAGCCCUGGCUUGGGUCAAACCUCAAAGCUGGGUUAGCCCCCCACUGCUCCUGCUCGCCCCACUGUCGCACGCACUCGGGCACAAUGAAAGGGUGCGCUGCGAGAGAGGAAUGAAAACACAUAACCUAACUUACCUCAGGCGACCUCCAGGUCCUGCUGCCACCGGCCGUGAGGCUUCAGGGCUCCUUUGGCAGCGAUGGCUGAGGUAACGCGCCGGC